CAUGCUGGCUAACGGAAUGCAUGACGUCGGUUGUGCAAUUCACCAUAGCUGUCGCCAAGAGUCUUGAAUUUAUUUUCUUUGGGUCCCACUUGCUUCCAACACUCCCGCAAAAUAGAUCGCCAUGAACGGAACAACACCGCAGAAGAAGACGGCAGUCGUAGGCGUCCUCGCGCUGCAGGGCGCAUUCGACGAGCACGUCCAGCUGCUCCGCAAAGCCUCGUCUGGGCUCCCCAACAGUCCGUACACAUUCAGCUUCCUCCUGGUCAAGACGCCCUUGCAGCUCGCUUCCUGCAGCGCCCUCAUCAUCCCCGGCGGCGAGUCGACAACGAUGGCCUUGAUCGCGGAGCGCAGCGGGCUGCUCUCGCCACUCCGGGAGUUCGUCAAAGUCUCGCGGCGGCCAACGUGGGGCACCUGCGCGGGCAUGAUCCUACUGUCGGAGUCUGCGAACCGCACUAAGGCCGGCGGCCAGGAGCUCAUUGGAGGACUCGACGUGCGCGUCAAUAGAAACCACUUUGGGAGGCAGGUGGAGAGCUUUACCGAGCCGCUUAGGCUGGAGUUUUUGGGCCCGGACGAGCCCCCGUUCAUGGGCGUGUUCAUCCGUGCCCCCGUCGUCGAGGCCGUCCUGCCGCAUACGCCGAAACAGGGUGAGGAACAGGUCCAUGCCCCGAGUUUGCAGCCCAGGGGGGAUAUCGAGAGGGAGUUUACGCAGGAUGGGGUCGUGCAGAUCCUCGCGGAGUUGAGGAGGGGUACCCUGCCAAAGGAGGGCCUGGAUCAGAUGGAUAGGCCGUUCAGUGAGGAGGAUGCGGUAGGGCUGAAGAGCGGCGUGGAUCAUGAGAGGGAGAGGGAGAGGAGUAGUGGCGAUGCCAGGGUUGUCGCCGUUAGGCAGGGGAAUGUGGUCGGUACCAGUUUCCAUCCCGAGCUGAGGGCUGAUGCGAGAAUGCAUCGGUGGUGGCUUGAGAGGGUCGUUGAGGACCUGGUGAAGCGGGAGAAGCUUGGAGGCGAGGUCUAAAGGUACCUACAAGCUAGGUUGGUUUUGGGGUUAGUCUUGAUCUGGAUCAUGAUCACUCUAGAGUACCGGUAGAGGGUAUAGAUUUGCAAAAUAGAGGUCUGCCUGUUCACUGUCACUCAUCACAAACACGGAUCCAGCCGUC